CGAGUCCGUAAUGCCAAGUGACGUGAGCGGCGGACGGAACAACAAGGACAAUCCCAUGAGUGCAAUCCAAUUCGGAAGCUAAAUGAGCAACUGUAGCGUCCGAAGAACUGAAAGUCACUCGCAGACGCACGAACAACAACCAACGGCCAGGAAGACAAUACAAUAUAUACUAUAGGCGCAGAUCCAGAGGCAGAGGAGAGUGCCGGAACGAUGAUAAUCAGCUUGAAUCAGACGGAAUCCGUGCCCCUGGCUGCUGGGGACAGGCUGAGUGGAUUUGCCGGCGGCGGCGACAACAGUGUCCGCUAUCUCGACGACCGACAUCCCCUGGAUUACCUGGACUUGGGCUCAGUGGUGGGCACCGUCCACGCCGUCAUCAACGCCACCGCCACCAACAUGUCGGAGCUAAAUGAGACAGGGAGCCGGCCGCUGGAUCCGGUCCUCAUCGAUAGAUACCUGAGCAACCGGGCUGUGGACAGUCCCUGGUACCACAUGCUCAUCACCAUGUACGGCGUGCUAAUCCUGUUCGGGGCCCUGGGCAAUACUCUGGUGGUCAUUGCCGUGGUCCGCAAGCCCAUAAUGCGCACCGCCCGCAACCUUUUCAUCCUGAACCUGGCCAUCUCGGAUUUACUCCUCUGCCUGGUUACCAUGCCGCUGACCCUAAUGGAGAUCCUAUCCAAAUACUGGCCCUAUGGGUCCUGCUCCAUCCUGUGCAAAACGAUUGCCAUGCUGCAGGCACUUUGCAUUUUCGUGUCGACAAUAUCCAUAACGGCCAUCGCCUUCGACCGGUAUCAGGUGAUCGUGUAUCCCACACGGGACAGCCUGCAGUUCGUGGGAGCAGUGACAAUCCUGGCCUGCAUCUGGGCACUGGCCCUCCUGCUGGCCUCGCCGCUGUUCAUCUACAAGGAGAUGAUCAACACAGAGACACCGCAGCUGCUACAACAGAUCGGGCUGCAGGACAGGAUCCCCUACUGCAUCGAGGACUGGCCGAGCAGCAACGGGCGCUUCUACUACUCGAUUUUCUCGCUGUGCGUGCAGUAUCUGGUGCCGAUUCUGAUCGUCUCCGUCGCCUAUUUUGGGAUUUACAACAAGCUGAAGAGCCGCAUCACCGUGGUGGCUGUGCAGGCCUCCUCCGCGCAGCGCAAGGUGGAACGCGGCCGGCGGAUGAAGCGCACCAACUGCCUGCUCAUCAGCAUCGCCAUCAUCUUCGGCGUCUCCUGGCUGCCGCUGAACUUUUUCAACCUGUACGCAGACAUGCAGCGGCCGGUGAUGACGCAGAAAAUGCUGGUGGCCUACGCCGUCUGCCACAUGAUCGGCAUGAGCUCGGCCUGCUCCAACCCGCUGCUCUACGGCUGGCUCAACGACAACUUCCGUAAAGAAUUUCAAGAACUGCUCUGCCGUUGCUCAGAACCCACUAAUGUUGCUCUUAACGGUCACACGACAGGCUGCAACGUCCAGGCGGCGGCGGCCCGUCGACGUCGCAAGUUGGGCACCGAUCUCUCCAAAGGCGAGCUCAAGCUGCUCGGCCAAAGCGGCGCCCAGUCCGGGGCCCCCGGCGGCGCUGGCGGCGGUAGUAUGGCGGCCACCGACUUCAUGACCGGCCACCAGGAGUGCGGACUGCGCAGCGCCAUAACCGAGUCGAUGGCGCUCACGGAAAAUCCCAUGCCCUCGGAGGUCACCCAGCUGAUGCCGCGUUUGGAACAGUACUAAGUCGGCCAGGAACCCUGGAGCAGCGGGCGGCGGGAGCGGCGUUCGAGUGAUGCGACCUGCGACUCGUUCUUAGAAUUUACAUUAAACACAUAUUGUCCAGUGAUCCAAAGCCAAGCUGAGUUACACUUAAAUUAAGACGCGCCCCGAGGAACAGAAAUAUGUAUCUCAUCUCAUCGCCCAUCAUCCAUUACCGGACUAAGUCUAAUGCCUUUUUUAGUUUGCUCACUUCAGUAUCGAAUGCCGGAAAGUAAUUGAUUGAGCCCCCAAUUGAAUUUCGGGUAUUUGAUAAGUCGAGUACAGUGAAGACUUUGAUUAGUUCCCCGUGAAC